GCCCCAUGUCCAGCAGCCUUGGUGGAAGCUUCUGGAAACAUUCAAAUGUCACCCUUUCAUUUUAUUUAUUUAUUUAUUUUCUUAGACCGUCAUGUCUGGUCAAAUUUAACAAUGGCAUAAAACCUACCCAGCAGCCACCAACUACCAGAGAGAGAGAGAGAGAGAGAGAGAGAGAGAGAUGGCUUGGAUGACAAGAUUUCUGGGAGCGGUGGCUUUUUUGGCCAUCGGAAUCAUCUUUUCGCCGGAAACCUUCGGAACAAAAUCCGACGGUCAGUACUCGUCGAAGCUGUCCACCGGCCUGAAGCUUGCUCAUCUCCUCAGUUUUUCCACGGCAUGGGGUGCAGCUCUCUGGGUUACCUUCAUCGGCGGCAUCAUAAUGUUCAAAAACCUUCCGAGGCAUCAGUUCGGUAAUCUGCAGAGCAAGAUGUUCCCUGCGUAUUUCUCAAUGGUAGGAGUGUGUUGUGCCAUUUCCGUGGCGUCAUUCGCGUAUUUACAUCCAUUGAAGUCGUCUUCCACUGCGGAGAAGUACCAGCUGGGCUUUCUUCUCUCCGCCUUCGCUUUCAAUCUUGCAAACUUGUUGGUCUUUACCCCAAUGACUAUUGAGAUGAUGAAGCAAAGACAUAAAGUUGAGAAAGAACUGAAUAUUGGGGAUGAAAUUGGGUGGUCAAAGAACCAGGAGGCUGCAAAGGCGAAACCAAAACUUGCAGCCAUGAAUAAAAAAUUUGGGAUGAUUCAUGGGUUGUCAUCCCUAGCUAAUAUUAUGUCAUUUGGUAGCCUUGCCAUGCAUUCAUGGUACUUGGCAGGUAAAAUCAACCUUUAAUAUGGUUUCCAUUUCUGGUUGCUGGGGAUGAUUAUCUAUAUAUCCAUAAAUGUAAGCUAAACCAACUAAGCAAGGACAGGUGUGCUAGUUGGACAAAUCAUGUAUAAAUACAAUAUAAAAAAUAAUUUAGCUGUUUUCUUACAUCUGUUGAAAUAAAAUUCUGUGUAUUGCUUGGGUAUUUA